UUGAGUGUGUGUUUCACUGCACUACACUUAUUCAAUGCCUGUCAGAAACUUACAACAGACUACAAGUGCCAAAAACUAAACUAAAGCUUCACUUCCUGUCUGUAACCUUUGGGGGAAAAAAGAAAAAAAAAAUAGGCAUCCUGAAAAAUUCAAUUAUUCAGUUAUAUUUCUUUGUGUCGUCGGAGUUAAAUCACACUAAUAUAGAUACGGGGGAAACACUGAUGAGGCCCAGAAAGCCUAACUGGUCUACAGAGCAGAAGCUGCUGUUGGUGCAGCUAGUGAAAGCCAGAAGAGAAGGACUACUGACUGGCAGGCAUUCUUGUCGGGAGACAGCAACCAACCGAAGAUGGGCAUGGGAUGAGAUUGCAGAUGAAAUCUCCACUGCCUACACUGAUGUUCCCCGUACGGGAAAGGAGUGUGAGAGACACUGGUUUAUAGAGCAAGCCAAAGCCAGAGAGGCUAUGGUAAACCAAACGUCACCUUCAGAACAUGUCAAUCCAGUGACCAAACUAGUUCUAGAAAUCCUCAGGCUACAGAAAAAGGACACAGAGUUUAGAGACAGGCUUGAAGAAGACAGUACAAGCUGUCAAGAAGGGGAGGAGGAACAAAUUGAGGUGAAAUAUGUUCCGACUACACUUGCACCUUUUAUAAACGCUGAGGUGCCCGUAAAUCACACAAAUAAUAAUAGUGAAGACAAUACUCCGGCCAGUCCCCUUUGCCCACUGUCACCCUCUGCAGAAAAAAAGACCCUAGAGAUAUCUGUUCUUCGCCGCCAAGAACGUGUGCUACAGUUGCAGGAGGAAUACUAUUCCCUCAAAAUCAAACAUCUCAAAGCACGAAUGUCGAUGAACCUUUGAUGGGACAUGUGAAGUCAUAUGGGAAAAAAAUGACUGUUUUUCUCUUUUAGAACACUAGGAAUUGUAGGUCUAGAUUUCUGUUGUCAUAACUGUGGCCUCAAUUAUCUGUUGAAACAAAAGCUGAUCAUAUGGACCACAAAUCUGUUUCGUAUCUUAUUAGUUUACAGGGAAACUGAAUGAAUCCUUUAUGUGUUGUACCCUGAUGUGUGCACUUCAUGAUAAAUUGUCUGGCACAGUAUAAUCCAGUAUUUGAUAUGGCACGUUUUCACCAGUAGAUGAUGACAAGAUAGUAAUUUAUCUUCUAACUUGUUAUACUGCGUUUAAAUUGUUUACAUCCAGGUAAGCAUUGUAUAGACACCGCUGUUAUCUGCAGAUCUGGGUUCUGUCUGCCUAAUUAGAGCUAUUAAGUUUUUGAAUGUCCCAACUGGUUUUUGAUUUAAACUUAUAAGCAAUAUCUACUUAAAGGAAGGAGACAGAAUUUGAAAGUUUUUUGAGGUAUUUGUAGAGCAAGGAGUAGGAGUCUAUAGGUUAAAGGCCAAGUUUAGUACUGCACUGACAAACACUUUAAAAUAACAACAUAGUCAAAGUAUAAUAUAUAAUAUUUAUGUUUGUUUUCUGUGAGAGGCUGUGACACUAUUUUUAAUGUUUUAGCUAUAGAUUUUCCACUGCAGAUCUUAUAAAAUAAUGGUUUUCUUCAGACCUAGUAUAGUACACCCAUCUCAGGUGAUCUGACGAUAAGCUGUCAACUGAGAAUGAUAACUGUUCACAAUUGGUAAUUCCAUGUUUCGAAUGUGUGUUUAGUGAGCACUUGCAAUUUGUUAGUCAUCACCACUUAAAACCCAAACGUAAAAAUACUAGUGUGCCAAAUGGAAAAAAAUUCUGGUGUUAUUUCCUAAAUAAACCAUCACACGCUGAAGGUCUAUUAAAGUUUUACUCAUAUUGGAUAAGCUUCUGGGAUAAAUUGAGUAACGAGAGUGACCAGGCACCAACAGGAAUAAACAGAUAUAUAAUAUUAUAUAUUGGACCAAAUCAACUAAUUCAUAACAAACAAUUGUUUACAUACCUUCAUAUACAUAGUAUCUUCUUUUAUAUUAGGAAAAAAACACCUAAAUUCUGUAGACAACUGGGUCAGUAAAUUUAACCUGUUGCACACUAUUCCUUUUAUUGAGGCAAUCCAGUGAGUUUUGACUGAUUAAAUUGCUUUCAGUAUCUGUUGGGUCCUAACCUGAGCAAUGAUCUUUCUGUACUGCAAAUUGUUUGUAUUUAUUUGAGCUUCUGACUUCUUUACAUGCAGAGUGAGAUGCUAAGAACAUCAGCAAACAUCCAGCUUGCCAUAUGUAUAUAAAGUAGUCAUUGCAUUGCAGGGAUUCAUUGUUUUUCCUGGCCACUUUGACACUCCAAAUAUUAACAUGGGCUUUUACAAAAUAACUGGCAAGACGAUUCAAUAUGCUGCCAGUUAUUUUGCAAUAUUAAGAAUAAUCUUAUGUUAACGAUCAAGAAACUUACUCUAAAAUUUGAAAAAGAUUCCCUAGUGUCAUUGGUGCCAUAGAUUGCAGACACAUUGCAAUUUCCAAAGUCCUACGAAGAAUGAGGUUCAUUUUCUGAAUAGUAAAGCCACUUACUGUUUAAGGAACACCAUCACUACAUGGUCACAAGUUCGGAUGCUAGCUAGCCUGGCUCUGUACACGAUUCAAGUAUUUUCCAGAAGUCAGCACUUUGAUGAAGGUACGCAAACCCAAAACUUUCUCUUUUAAGCUUAAUAACUGAGCUAUUCUAUGGCUUGUUGCUUGCGGACAAGGGUUAUCCAGGCCAGUGGUUUUAAUAACCCCCUAUUCUGACCCAGAGACAAAGCCCCAGCAACAGUUCUUUGUGGCCUACAGCAAAUCCACGGUCAGAAUUGAAAACACUUAGUAUUCGGAAGGCAUGAUUCAAUUGUCAGUGUGGCCUGAGUAUGUUACAGCAGUGGACAUUCCAGAUGGUGGCUUUGUGUGCAAUCCUGCAUAGUAUACAAUAUAGCCAAUGUCAAAAAAGUGUGAGUGCAACCAAACCACCAACUCUGUUCAAAUGAUUCAAAUGAGACUGAUCCCAUUAGACAUAGUCUGUUUUACCUGAAGAAAUAACAUACUGGCUAUAAUUUUAUUGUACACAGCUGCAAUGUCUGUUACUGCCGAAACAUACACUCACUGGCCACUUUAUUAGGUACACCUUACUAGUACUGGUGUGGUCUUCUGCUGCUGUAACCCAUCCGCCUCAAGGUUCGACUUGUUGUGCGUUCAGAGAUGCUCUUCUGCAUACCUCGGUUGUAACGAGUGGUUAUUUGAGUUACUGUUGCCUUUCUAUCAGCUCGAACCAGUCUGGCCAUUCUCCUCUGACCUCUGGCAUCAACAAGGCAUUUGCGCCCACAGAACUGCUGCUCACUGGAUAUUUUCUCUUUUUCGGACCAUUCUCUGUAAACCCUAGAGAUGGUUGUGCGUGAAAAUAUCAGUAGAUCAGCAGUUUCUGAAAUACUCAGACCAGCCCGUCUGGCACCAACAACCAUGGCAUGUUCAAAGUCACUUAAAUCACCUUUCUUCCCCAUUCUCACGCUCAGUUUGAACUGCAGCAGAUCGUCUUGACCAUGUCUACAUGCCUAAAAGCAUUGAGUUGCUGCCGUGUGAUUGGCUGAUUAGAAAUUUGCGUUAACGAGCAGUUGGACAGUGUACCUAAUAAAGUGGCCGGUGAGUGUAGAUUACCCUUUUUCUUUAUAUUGGCAGUUCUGAAUAAUCCUAUAACAGAAAAACAGUAUAGACCUGAGUGGGAAGACAUUAAUUUGUUUUUUUCUCAUUGAAAUAGGUGAUAACAUAAAGCAUAUUUACUUCUGCAGCCCUAUCUGUCUCUCUCUUUCUUACUGAAUGUGUGACCCCUGACAAGCUGUGCCCUCUUAACCAAACAAGGCCAUGCACUCUCAAUAAGAAGUUAUUAUAAUAUGUUAUGUUGUGUGCUGGAUAUUAACAUCUGUUUGACUUUACAUGUAUGUGUGCUGGCUCUCAACAAAGUUAACUCAGUUUCCUUCAGUUGAAAAAUAUAUCCAUUAAGUCAUCAGUGCUUGCUUCUUUGAAUUCAUUUUAAAAAGGUUCAAAGCCAAAUUCAAGUACUCGUACACUGUACCAGUGUCGCCAGCACCUGGAUCUGAAGACUGUCUUGGUGAAGCAAGCCAUCCAUGAAGUGCCACCCCUUGUUAUUGGAUAGCACCGAUUCCUCUGGCACUGUGACCUCAGGAGCUGGCUUUCCACCUAUUGUCUUUAAUUCGCACUUCUCUUACUUCUCUUCUGUUACAUCAGAUAAAUUUCAUUGCAUCAUGCACACCACACAAGGACAAUAAAGAAAACUUUGCCAUUA